GAGAGAGAGAUGAGAGGUUAGGGGGUGCCAGUUGGCAAGAUAAUCAGAGACAGGCCACUGAUUCAGAGCUUGGUGCACAGCUGGUGUGACGGGUGAAGAGGCUGCAGGCUGACACUGAGUGGACGGACAGUGACAAUGUGCAACGAGUGGGGGAUUUCAUCUACUGGAUGCAUAUUAUCAACUCAAUAACCCAAGUAUCAAACUGGAAAAAUCAGCUGGAGGACAAGUUGUUGAACUGCAGACCAGAGGGGAAUAACAGAAUGGAAGCUGCUUCAACAUUUGGUACAUUUGGAGAUGAUUGAACAGCUUCUGGCAUCUGGGGGGAACUGUUCUUUUUUCCAACGUAUUCUUCAUUCUAUUACAGAUAUUUUCUGAUUAACAUUAACAACUUGGUUACAUUUUGUACAGAUAACCUUUUUCUUCCAGCUUUGACUCCAGAAGGACUUGACAUUUCACAUCUUCACAAAGUGGAGAUCACCUGCAGUACUGCAUGGAUGGUUUAUGAUGGGAAGAAACAGGGCAUCCCUCAGUAAAGUGAAUCUUGCUCAAUCUAGACCUUAAUGUAGCGCGAUCUAAAGGAGACACUUGCAUCUGUUGAGCAAAUGAUACUACUAUGGAGGCAAGACACAAGCAAAGCAAAGUUGACAAACUGCUAAACCCGCUGCGUCCUGCCAGGCUGGCGGUCCUGAUGAGGUGUUUGAACCAUGUGGUCCACUGAGAGCAUGGAGCCGGAGAAAGCACACACCCAGAGCAGCUUCUUCAGCAAGGUGGAUGUGCCUGACCAUGCUCACUACAUCGUCGCCUUGUUCGUCUUUGUCAUCGGGACGCUGGGCAUCACUGGCAACGCGCUGGUCAUGUUCGCCUUCUAUAGUAACAAGAAACUCCGUAACCUGCCUAACUACUUCAUCAUGAACCUGGCGAUCAGUGACUUCCUCAUGGCUUUCACACAAUCCCCCAUCUUCUUCAUCAACUGUCUCUACAAGGAAUGGGUGUUUGGAGAGAUGGGCUGUAAGCUGUAUGCUUUCUGUGGCGCCUUGUUUGGCAUCACCUCCAUGAUCACCCUGCUGGCCAUCUCUAUCGACCGCUACCUGGUCAUCACUAAGCCUCUGCAGUCCGUUCACUGGGGCUCCAAACGCAGAACCUCCCUGGCCAUCCUCAUGGUCUGGCUUUACUCUUUGGCCUGGAGUCUGGCUCCUCUGAUUGGCUGGAGCUCCUAUAUCCCAGAGGGCCUGAUGACAUCUUGUACAUGGGAUUAUGUCACGUACACGUUGGCCAACAGGAGCUACACGAUGAUGCUGUGCUGUUUUGUUUUCUUCAUUCCACUGGGAAUCAUCUUCUACUGCUAUCUCUUUAUGUUUCUGGCUGUACGGACGACUGGAAGAGAGGUGGAGCGUCUGGGCACUCAGGUGAGGAAGUCCACCCUGAUCAAGCAGAAGUCCAUGAGGAGUGAGUGGAAGUUGGCAAAGAUCGCCUUUGUCGUCAUUGUGGUUUAUGUCCUCUCCUGGUCACCAUACGCCUGUGUCACACUGAUUUCCUGGGCCGGUCAUGCCGACAUCCUGUCGCCGUACUCCAAGGCCGUCCCUGCAAUCAUAGCGAAAGCCUCCGCAAUCUACAACCCUUUCAUCUAUGCUAUCAUACACAACAAGUACAGGAUGACUCUGGCAGAGAAGUUUCCCUGUCUGUGGUUUCUGUCUCCCACUCCUCGGAAGGAAUGCAUCUCCUCGUCCAUCAGUGAGUCCUCCUUCAGGGACUCCAUCAUCAGCAGACAGUCCACAGCAUCAAGGACUCACUUUAUUACAGCUUCCCCUGACACGGUAUUAAGGGAUGUACAGAUGGGGCAUUUGGGAAGGAAGUCAGGUGAGUCCUUCAGAAGCAUGUCGUCAUACAGACAAUCUUCCAGAAGCCGGUCCUAUAAGAAACAAUUAGAGCGGAAGAACACCAAGACCCACUCAGAGGAGAAGCACCCAUCUACCAUGAAUGAAUCAUCGAACAACUGUGACCAUGAACUGGUUUCCAGCUCUCUCACCGUCGCCUCUCUCCCCCUACUGGUUCUUACCAGGAGGCGCAGCCAGAGUCUGACCAAUGAGAUGUCAGAUGCACAGGAGAAGAAAGGCAGCUUCAGUGAUCACUACAAGAGUGACUCUUUUGAUUCCUUGAAUUUAGGAAAAAUCCCAUCCACUGAUCCCAGGUCACCUCAGGGUGUCCCACGCAUCAUCGUCAUCAGUCCCACAUCUGAGAGCAGCCUCAUCAAACAUGACAGCAUCUGCUUAGAAGACAGUAUUGAGGCGAUGGAGAACAAUGUUUUUGUCAGCCUAAAUUUCUCAUCAGAAGUCUUUGAGGCAGUGGAGCUACUCUCCUGACCAGCUGGAUGAUAUUUACUCUUGUACUCUUAUCCACUGAAGCUAUAUUAUUCAUCUUAAUUUGUCACCACAGACCACAACUUCUUCUUUGCUACGGGCGCAGACUUUCUCCACCAAAAUGACUCAUUGUUUGUGUUUGUUGACUCAUCCUGUGAAGUUAUACCACUGUGUUCACUUAGACAACUGGACUGCAGAAGAGAAGUUGGCAUGCAAAAUGAAACAAUAUGACGCGGCUCUGGUAUGUGCAGUGUUGGCAGGGACAGGUUCACCCUGAGGGGCAGCAUGGGCUGCAGCAUAUUUUGGUUUGAUCCCCCAAAAAUGACAAGUGUAACAACAUAUUUUCAUGAGUUUGGGGCCCAAGCUUGA